UCCGGUGGAUGGGGAGAGAGAACAAAAUUAUACCGUAAACGGGCACUUCCAUUUAGUUUGCAUUUAUUCGGGAUCGGUUAAAGAUCGGAUUCGGAAGUUGACGGUGCUGGCGCUGCGCAUUUGCUACACUAUUUUUUCACGAGUGAAAAGGCAGCCAACCCCAACCCCCGUGGAACAACGGCGACCAUGCUGUGGAAAAUCCUUCUGCUGCUGAUUGCGCAUGUCCUGACGUUGGAGGCUGUUUUCGCACAGGAUACAUUCAUCGCACCAACACAGCAGAACCCAGCAUCAUUGCCUGAAUCAUUGAAAGUGCCGACCUCGACCGGUAAAAGUAAUGAUUUGGCCGGAAAAAGUGUAGUCGUGAACUGGAAGCUGACCUGCCAACAUCUCUGUGGCGGAGGGUACGGUGGGCCCACUUGUGGGUUCCUCUGCCUCCACCAGCAGAACGCUACCGAUGAAUCCAGCAGAAUCAAGUUGAGUAGUAGAGAACAUACUGCAAUUUGUCCAACGCUUUGCAAUAAUGGUUUAGGUGCUACAAAAUGCCAUUGUAACCCGAUGGCAUCCUUAGACAUAGUCCACGAUCGGAACAGUGUGUGCAGUGUUUUCUGCACGGAGGCCAACAUUCAACUCAAAGGUUGCAGUUCUUGCAAUGGAGAAACUUUUUCUGAUGCCAGCUGGGCAUCGGACGUGCAAACCACGACACCGAACUGGGACGAUCUGUGUACUUUGUGGUGUAGAAUGGGUGAAGGCGGGACAUUAUGCAAUUGUGAUUUACCACCAUUUGUUUAAGGUGCUAAGGUGCUGUUAUUUUGUUCAGUUUGAACUAUUUUUUUAGUUUGAGUGAAUUAAAACUUGCUAAUAAAAGUCAGAACAAGAUCCAGGAGUAACAAAUGUAGAUCAACACAUAUCGGAGGAAAUUACACGCUGAUUUCCUUGAAUGAUUAAACUAUGUUGUAACUUACAUUUUUGUCUGAAAUAUAUUUUUUCUCGAGAUUAUCUCAAAGGUGAAUAGAUUACAUCUUAAAAUAAAGAGAAUUUAGAAUCAAAGGGCUUCCAAACAAAUGUAACUUUCGAGGAAUAACCGUCAUAGUUGUGUAAAUCAAAAUAAAUUUCCUCAAUAAACAAACCCCAUCCAGUUAGAGUGGAUUAGUUAUAACAAAUAACAUUCUGUAUUAAUUGCUCAAGCAGCUCUCUUUACCAUUUACUAAUGAUGGUGAAGAAGCAUGAACUCCACUUCGACAGAGUUGGCUCUGCCGAUUGUCAAUUUUAAUUAUAAAUUCAAUGAUGGAACUCUUUAUUUUCCCUGAAGCAACUUAGGACGCUCUUUUAUUUGAAAUACCAUUGAAACAUAACAAAAGUACAUAAGUACAAUACAAUUUAAACAACUAAAACUUCUGUCAUCUUAAUGAAACGUGAAUCCUAGGCGUUUCAAUUUGAAAUCUGCUGUGGAGGACAAUAAAUAAUGUAAGAUCGAAAAAAAAUAGAGGCAGAGUUACUGACAUAGAAGAGCUGAAAAAUGUAGCUUGCUUCCAGAAUAAAUGUUGUAAUUCAAAAACUAUAAUGAAAAUAAACAUGCUUGAAUAAACUUGGAAACCAUACGACAGCAUACGCAACCAAGACCGAAGGAAGUAUUUCGCGAUAAUUUCGAUUGUUCUCAUCAGACUAACAAAAACAACUUAAAAAAUAAUGAGCAUUGAUGUGAUAAAUGUUCACACAAGUACUAACUAUAUCAUUGCUGCAAAACUGAAACCUUAAAUCUUACUCUACUCUAAUUGUUAUACUAUAAGAUCGAAAUAAAAAUGUACACUUCGAGCACAACGCUAAAAUGCAAUGACAUUGAGACAAUAAACUCUGAUGUGUAACCGUACUAUCACCCUAAUGGAAAAUAAAUACUGUAUUAAAUGUUCUUAGCUACACGCCA